AUGCCAUGUUGUGUUGAUACGAUUGUAAAAAUAAGUCAUGUUCGCCAAACUGAUAAAGAUGAAUCGAACUUAACUAUUGCGUGGGCAAUAGGUGUUUACCCUGCUGAGAGUGAAGAUUACGAAAUUGAACUUGUUCUUUUUGUUCCAUUAAAUGAAGAUGAAAGAGAUCCUAACAUUCAAUCAGUUUUUGUGAAAGAUGAGUAUUAUAACAUGACGGUCAUGUCAUCAACUCAUCUUACGAUUAAAAGAGAACUUGGUUCGAAUAGAUGUCCAUUAAAAGCUUCGUUAGUAGGUGUAGCUCAAGAAAUACCAAAGGAAGUUAACUAUGAGAAUGCAAUAUUCAA